AUGGGCUGCGGCGGCUCCAAGCCCGAGGACCAGGAGAGCAAGGCGCGCUCGGAUGAGAUCGAGAACCAGCUGCGCAAGGACCGCAUGGCCAUGAGGAAUGAGAUCAAGAUGCUCCUUCUCGGCGCCGGCGAGUCGGGCAAGUCGACCAUCCUCAAGCAGAUGAAGCUCGUCUACGAGGGCUCGUACACCGACAAGGAGCGCGAGAACUACAAGGAGAUCAUUUACUCCAACACGGUCCAGAGCAUGCACGUCAUCCUCGACGCGAUGGAGAUGAUGGGCAUCUCGCUCGCGACGCCAGAAGGCGGGCGGCACCAGGAGACGGUCAUGUCGCAGCCGCACCAGAUCGAGGCCGACUUCCUCCCGCCCGACGUGACCGAGGCCAUCAUCGAGCUGUGGAAGGACCCGGGCGUCCGAGAGUGCUUCGGCCGCAGCCGCGAGUACCAGUUGAACGACUCGGCGCAGUACUACUUCGACUCGAUCACGCGGAUAGGCUCGCGCAACUACGUCCCGUCCGACCAGGACGUCCUGCGCUCGCGCGUCAAGACGACCGGCAUCACCGAGACGACGUUCCAGAUCGGCGAGCUCAAGUACCGCAUGUUUGACGUCGGCGGUCAGCGCUCGGAGCGCAAGAAGUGGAUCCACUGCUUCGAGAACGUCACGGCCAUCCUGUUCCUCGUCGCCAUCUCGGAGUACGACCAGAUGCUGUACGAGGACGAGGCGAUCAACCGCAUGCAGGAGGCGCUCGUCCUGUUCGACUCGAUCUGCAACUCGCGGUGGUUCGUCCGCACGUCCAUCAUCCUCUUCCUCAACAAGAUCGACCUCUUCCGCGAGAAGCUCCCGCGCUCGCCCAUCGCCAACUUCUUCCCCGACUACACCGGCGGUUCGGACCUGCAGGCGGCGUGCGACUACUUCUCGAGCCGGUUCGUGUCGCUCAACCAGAGCUCGGCGAAGCAGAUCUACGUCCACUUUACGUGCGCGACCGACACCCAGCAGAUCAAGUUCGUCCUCUCGGCCGUCAACGACAUUGUGAUCCAGGUCAACCUGCGGGAUUGUGGCCUUCUCUAG